AUGUCAGACGUGGUCAAAUUGGUCACGACUUUUGCCGUUGGCUCGGCCAUAGGCCUUACAACCAGUGCAUUGUUCCUUCGUAAGCCAAAGAACCAAAACGUUUUACCAAAGCUGUAUAUCUAUGACCAUUGUCCGUUCUGCGUACGCGCGCGUAUGAUCUUUGGCUUCAAGGAAAUACCCCAUGAGCUCGUUUUCUUGGCCAACCACGAUGAGGUCACCCCCAUUAGUCUCGUUGGAUCCAAGCAGGUUCCUAUACUUCAGUUACCCAAUGGUCACGCCUUUCCGGAAAGUUUGGAUAUUGUCCGCUAUGUGGACGAAAAUUACGGUGGUUCGACCGUCUUGGCCCCGUCGGCAAACCGUCCGGAGCUCAAACAGUGGCUGAAAGACGCAGCCAACGUGUUCCGUCAGCUGUAUCAUCCACGUUUUCACGCGGCCCCGUUUGCCGAAUUUGCCCGACUUGAAAGCCGCGAAUAUUACCGUGCCAAGAAAGAGAAAGCUAUUGGUUCAUUUGAAGAUGCACUGGCCAAGACACCAGAGCUAGUAGAACAGGCGAAUGAGUUACUGGAGCGAUUGGUUCCCAUGUUCUACUCCAACCAGUCGGUGAAUGAAAAUCUCAGCUAUGACGACAUCAGCUUUUUCGGUCAUUUGCGUGGACUGACACUUGUUCGUGACUUGAAGUGGCCGACUAAGCUGCGCGAAUAUGUCGACUACAUGUCCGAUAAAGCGGACAUUCCUCUGCUAGAUAGCAUGGCAGUUUACUAA